AGGGCUUCCCUGAGCAUGCGUUCCCUGCUCUUCCUGUAGAGAGGAUACAUAUCUACUUUUUAACGAUUUGUCUUGACACAUGUCAUACACGGCGAUUAACUACACACGAUCAAAAUGAACUACAUGCCAGGGACCGCGAGUCUCAUCGAUGACAUAGACAAAAAGCAUCUUGUACUUCUUCGAGAUGGACGAACGCUAAUUGGGUUUCUGAGAAGCAUUGACCAGUUUGCCAACCUAGUUUUUCAUCAAACAGUCGAGCGCAUCCAUGUGGGCAAGAAGUUUGGAGACAUCCCCAGAGGAAUCUUCAUUGUGAGAGGAGAGAAUGUUGUUUUGCUUGGAGAAAUAGACAUUGAUAAGCUGUGUGACAACGUCUUGCAGCAAGUUUCUAUAGAGGAGAUCCUGGAGGAGCAGCGAUUGCAACAGCAAGCCAAGCAGAAGACAGAGAAAGCCAAGGUGACCGCACUGAAGGACAGAGGCCUAUCCAUCCCAAAAGCAGAUAAUCUCGAUGAAUACUGAAGGCACUUCUGUUCCAUUUUCUUCCGUAAUACUGGACUCCUCAGUUAUAUGUUGAAUAGGGGAUUAUUUUGAAGACUAUGAGAAGAAUGUGUGCUUUGUAGAUGACGCAAGUCACACUAAAUACUGUACUGAUUUAAUUUUGACUGACUCAUUGGUUUGAAAGCAAACAAUGAAUUAAGUGAUGCAUGAUUUGAGGGUAGACCACACAACCUAGAUUGUCUACAAGACUACAUUUGAUGAGAAAUCAAUUAUGAUUUUCAUACCAUAGCACUGAGAACUAAGUCAAUAGUAUAUAGUGAUGAACUCUGUUAGUGUAAGCAGACACAUUGUAAUGACAAGAUUUGUUUUCUAUAAAAGUUUUUGUUAUUUUA